AUGCCUUUCGGGCCAAGUUUCAAUGAGUUCCAUUUACUGACGAUUUGCUGCUACUUUGGAUUUUUGAUAAGUUUUGCCAGUGGAAAACAAACUCUCGGGAGCACUUGCGAGAUUGAUGAAGACUGUGGCAUUCCUUUCGAAACGUGUGACCCGGAAUCGGACACCUGCGUCUGCCGAACAGAUUAUGCAGCAAUAAAUGGCUACUGCAAACCAGCCUCACUUGUACGGUUAAAACGAAAUGUGAUGAAUUAUGGUCAGAACUGCACAGUGGAUGGCGACUGUGGAACAAACGAGUUGUGCGACAGCGGCGGCACUGGAUUGUGCUCUUGUAAUGACAGGUACUGGAGUAGUACUGGGAGUCCAUCUGUCACCGGAUGUGACGUAUAUGUCUCACAUGGGUUAGAUUGUACUGGUCCGUCAAAUUGCACCGGUCCGAAUGAAGAUUGCAAAAAUACACUGUGCUCAUGUAUCAGCGGUUAUACCAGCAGCCAACAGACACUCAACAUCACAGGAUGUGAUACGUUUACAUUUGGCAGUUCUUGCAUUUCCGAUUCGGACUGCAUGACGGGUCGAGAGACCUGCGACGUAGCUGGUGAUUCCACUUGUAUCUGUGCUUCCGGUUGGGCCCGGAGUGCUUCUAACACAAACUGUGAUACAUUUUAUGGUGUGUCUAUGACAAUAGCCGGUAUCAAUUUUACUGAAUUUCAAGCCAUCGAAAGCACAUUUGCAUCUGCUGUUGCAAAUGCUACCAAUAACUAUUGUUCAUCAAACACUACUACUGUGGCAGAGUGCUGUAACAUACAGACUUCUUAUGUACCAUCAGGUGUGCUUCAAAUCACCAAUGCCUCUCUUAUCUCCUUCAACGCAUCUUACGACACGGCGCUAAAUAUCGAUCUCGUCCUACAGACACCGGAUGACAACGAACUGUGCGCGGCCGCCGCAUUACAUGCCAGGAGGAGAAAGCGAUUUGUCAUUAUAGGUGCGGGGUUCGGGUCGCUCAAUCCAAGCCUGUCACUGGUUCUGUUGACAGCGCCUUCGGGAAUCACAACGAUUACUCAAGAAAUUACCCAAGCCGUGCAAACGACUUUCGGAUACACACCGACUGUCUCAUUUACUGUAGUGAUAGUUGCCGUUCCAACCGCUGCACCCGCAACCACGAACAAUCCGGGGACUGCCAUCACUCAGCCCCACGUCGCCCCAACUCUUCCAUCCGCGUCAGUCACCACCAGCUGGGUCUUCAUAUUGGUUGUUACCAUUGGAUCCAUUGUCGUCUUGGGCCUCAUCAUCGUCGUCAUCGUCAGCUGCGUCAGGACGCCAAGGCCCCAUCGAUCGUCCAGAAUCUCGCACAUAGACCCAUCUGAAUAUGAAGGUCAUCGCCCGCGGAGUAUUGUUGUGGUAGAGCGGGUCGGGGAACGACGGGACAAUCACCCUAACUUGAUAUCCUCUGGUGGUUCACAGCAAGGCGUAUUGUCGUACCACCAGCAGAUGGCUUACCCAACGGACGUUGGCUUACCAACAGUCCAAGCCUAGAAAGACACAUUGGAAAAUUAUGAAAAAGCCAGGUAGUCCAAUUCCGUUUGUUCUUCUUCACAGGCCGAGCAGAACUCGAAUCCGCCACUCGGAGAGCGCAUCCUCGACGAGUUCGCGGAAUAGCAGCUGCCGUAGUCGUCACCCGUC